AGGAACCCGGCGGUUCAUAGGACCAAGGGGAUAUAUAUUUAAUAAAGUUUAUGAGGGUGCGCGCAGCAGUCAGUGACAGACAAGCAGAAAAUGUUUGCGUGACGAAGCAAACAGACAGAUUUAUCGAUCCGACCACAUUAAAUACGUGUUUGCUUUGACGUGUUCCGGGCGAACAAUUAGACCUGAGAACAUGGGACACAUUUCCCCCGAGCAGGUCUUGGAUCACAUCCAGUGGGGUCUACAGCACAUCCACAUGACGUCAGCAGGAAUCUAAGCGGAGCAUUUUAGUGCCUCUUUCACGCCGGAAGAGGAGCUUCGACGCUCAUUUGGUUUAAACAAUGCUGGCUUCCUCUCUGAAGGAGACGAGAGCAACAAGCACCUACUCAGAGUCGUGUACAGUGUAAAGAGAAUAUGGCCAACUAAACAACAGGCUACCAACACAAGUUGAUUGCAAAACAACCAGUGGGUCCACUUCAAGUUGGAGCUUUUGGGUGGCUAACUUUGCUCUCCCUACCAUCUUCUUUGAGCCCACCCCUCUUUCUGCCAUGGCGGUGAGCAGCGAGUCCACUUUAGAGAAGCUGGAGUCCACAUCUGAGGAACAAACCAGCAGUCUCGCAGACAUCAUGGCCGCCAUGGCUACAAAAGAACUCAGCGGUUCUCUGAGAUAUGGAGGAGCUCAGCCAUCACGUCCUCAGUUGACCGGCAGGAAGUCCUCUCUGCAGGAACGAGGCACUUACCUAUCCUCUGCAGGGGGCUACACACACAUCUCUCCCCGGGUAGCUCAAAGGCCGACAGUGGAGUCUAAACGUGUGUCCAUAUCCGAUUCUCAGAAUUGUGUCCAGUUGAACCAGUAUAAAUUGGAGAGUGAGAUUGGAAAGGGAUCUUAUGGUGUGGUCAAACUUGCCUAUAACGAGGAUGAUGACAAACAUUAUGCCAUGAAAGUUGUUUCAAAGAAGAAGUUAAUGAAGCAGUGUGGUUUUCCACGUCGCCCACCUCCUAGGGGACCCAAGGCAGUCCAAGGAGAGCAGCCUAAGUUCCUAGGACCAUUGGAAAGAGUCUACCAAGAGAUUGCCAUCCUUAAAAAACUAGACCAUGUCAACAUUGUCAAAUUAGUGGAGGUGCUGGAUGAUCCUGCAGAAGACAAUCUUCACAUGGUGUUUGAGUUGAUGCGCAAUGGGCCGGUGAUGGAAGUGCCUACAGAAAACCCUUUGUCAGAAGAACAGGCAAGGUUAUAUCUACGUGACGUCAUCCUUGGUAUAGAGUACCUGCACUACCAGAAGAUUGUUCACAGGGACAUCAAACCUUCUAAUUUGUUGCUCGGGGAUGACGGCCAUGUGAAGAUUGCAGAUUUUGGAGUGAGCAACCAGUUUGAGGGAAGCGAUGCCAUGCUGUCCAGCACAGCUGGUACUCCUGCCUUCAUGGCUCCCGAGACCUUGUCAAACAAGCGCAAGAGCUUCAGUGGGAAGGCGCUGGAUGUUUGGGCCAUGGGAGUCACUCUCUACUGUUUUGUCUUUGGAAAGUGCCCGUUUAUUAAUGAGUACAUAUUGGUUCUGCACAAUGAGAUAAGGAACAGGCCUGUGGAUUUCCCAGAAAUACCAAAAAUAAAUGAAGAGCUGCGGACCUUGAUUUUGAGGAUGCUAGAUAAGAACCCGGACACCCGCAUCACCAUCCCUGAAAUGAAGAUGAACCAAUGGGUCACCAAGGAGGGCACUCAGCUGCUUCCUCUGGAGGACGAGCACUGCAGUGUGGUGGAGGUGACGGAAGAGGACAUCAAGAACUCGGUCAAGUUUGUUCCCAGUCUGUCUGCUGUGAUCUUGGUGAAAGCCAUGUUGAGGAAACGUUCUUUCAGCAACCCGUUUGAGUGUCCGAGCCGGCGAGAGGAGAGGUCCAUGUCUGCACCAGGCAGCCUGCUUAUGGAUUCUUGGCCUCUCAGGCCCUCUUUAAAACGUCACCCUUCACUCAGAAAGAGCAGCACAGGCGAUGGACCCCGAGAAGGCGAGUUGGAGGACGUGCAUGAAGAUGAAGCCUCCUCUUGAACUGAAACAUGCUUCAGCUACUCGCUCCUCACUUUGUGUUCUUCACAGCAAAGAUGCUCCAAAAUCCAAUGCAAUGAAUUUGAUGCUUUUUAUACUCAGUAAGCCACUUCUUUUAUUUGUGUGUGGAAAAAACAUGCUUAAUAUCACAGCUUAUAUUGUUUUACAAAUUAUUAUUAUUAAUAUUAUUGAUGUCUUAGCAGUGUUAUUACCUCUAAUCAAUUCAUGUUCUUUUCACCGUCCAAUGGCCGUGUGGGGACUGUUUAAGCUAAUUAAGAUAAUGAAUAAAAUUAAGCUACAAGUUUUAUGGAGAUGCACCUAAUAUAAUAUGUAUAAGUAAUAUAAUAGCAUUGACAGUGCCGACAGUCAAUCAAGAUGUGAUUGAUCAAUCAAAAAUUAAGUGAUUGAUUGAAGAAGCAGAUGUUAUUUGUUUCCUGUAUUGAUCAUCUGUUCACUUCCUGCAUUAUUCUGCAUAUCCAUACAUAAAGAAACUCAUGUUUUCUUGUUUCAUAUCAAAAGAAUGUAGUUGAUACAUUUGAAUGAUUGAAAAAUGCAUAAGUCAUUAAAUGUAUUAACAUACACUUAUUUUUUUAUGUAAUACUUUUAAUAAAACUUCAGCAUGAUAAAGCAGUAGAAAAGAUA